AUGAAAGAGAAACUUCGUUCCAGCCCGUCUCUCUUUGGUCUCCUUUCUCUCUUCCCAAAUAGUCGUCUCUUAGCCCUGUUCUCCAGUCGCAAACCCCAAAAACUGCAUUUCCAACACUAUUCUUCCGAUUCUUCAUUUCACCAAUCGGCGUAUGAUAGCAAUAAGGUGACUUUACAUGGCGGUUCUGAUAAAUAUUUUGAUGCUAAUACAGUGAAAUUCCCUUUGUCUUCUUCAAUUGUAAUGAAGGAUGAGGGUGGAUGGUUGAUUAAUCCUGUUUCACUUGCAUUGGAUGCUGCCAUUACAGGAGGAGCAAGCUUCUGUGCUUCAAUUCAUUUGGGGGAGAUCCGACGUAGAGGCGUGAGGGAAAAUCAUAGGCACCACACCUGCAAUGAGACAUUUGUUAUUUGGGGAGCAAAGACAUUGUUCAAGUGAAAUGCUGAGCUCUCCCGUGAAACGUAUAGAUGAGAUUCUUGCACUUCAUUAUCCAGUUGAUGAUUUCAAGGGUCAGAUAAGAGACAAAAUAAGAUGGAACUUUAUGAUUGAAGCAUAAGAAGAAAAUGAUGUUAUUUUUUUUUUUUAAUAUAUACUUAAUUGUAAGUAUAAGACUACAUACAUCGGUGAUGUGCAAUUCAAUAUAGAAGGGAUUGUUUCACAUUUGUACAUACAAAUGUAUUAUUUGCCUCAAAAAAGACUAUAGACUUUUGAAAUAAUUUGAACGCUUGAGGUUCAAUCAAGACAAGUUUUA